AUGUCGCUAAAACGUUUAGACCGAGAUUCCUACCGGGUCGGAUGGAUAUGUCCAUUGGAGGUGGAGCAGAUUGCAACAAUGGAGAUGCUAGACGAAGAGCACCAACCUCUUCCGCAACCAAGCGGGGACACGAGCGUUUACAACCUCGGUAGCAUCAACAGCCAUGACGUUGUCAUCGCUGGACUUGCUCGGGCGGGAAACUGCUCCGCAGCCACCGUCAUCACUCAAAUGAGGAUGACUUUCCCUAACCUGAAAUAUGGCCUGCUGGUGGGGAUUGGGGGCGGCGUACCGACAAAAAAAGCGAAUAUGGAAUGA